AAUUAUAGAUAUUAUUUUUAUGGUAGCACAAUAAAAUGUCAUUUAAAUCUAGCGCAUAAAUAAAAAAAAAAUUAAUUAACUUUUAAUAGCAAGUUAAAAAAAAAUAUACAAUUGAAUUACUUAAUCUAUCACUUGAAUGAAAAAGAAAAAAUAGGAGUAAAUUGAAUCUUUAAAUUUUAACCGUCGCAAAAAAUAUGAAUUAUACUUACAGAUAAUUAUGAAAUACAUAAAAAAUUGAUUGAAUUUUGCCAAAAAUAUUUAAAAGUCACGUUGAAAAGUUUUUGAUAGCAAUUGACAUCUUAUAGCCAGACAACUUGCUGCUAAGAAAGUCGAAAUAAGAAUGGACUGUCAUCAGCAGCGUUGGGUAGAAACGAUAUCGAUUACAUUUAUUCUGUAUGAUGUACAUGCACGAUUUACCUGCUACUUCAAAAGUCACCUGCUGACAAAGGAUAAUAAAAUAUGCUCUUUCCUAAAACACUGGACUGAUGUCUGUACAAAAGACUCAGGAAAUCUUUAAAUCUUUUAGUCUCUUUAAAGUCUCGUUACUGCAAAAUAUUAUCAAAAAGAUGUUUCAUUGUUUUAUUGAAAAAAAUGGACGUCUUUGAUAGCAUGCAGUGGAAAACAACAAAGAAACUUAUGUCUGCACUAGGUGCCUGGCCUUUCCAACCGGUCAUUCAACAAAAAACACUCGGAGCUUUAUUUUAUUUUAUCAUACAAAGUAUUUACGUUGUUGAGAUUUUUAAGUUAAUGGUAGUGUGGGGUAAUUUAGCUGAGACACUUGACUGCUUGCCGGUAUUUGUAUAUCAUUCGAUGGUGCAAGUUAAAAUGUCAAAUUGUCUCUUGAAUUUGAAAAAGGCUAAAAUUUUAUUGUCGAAGGUUAAAAGAGAUUGGGAAUCGAAUUUAGAUGAUUCUGAAAUUAAAAUCCUAUGCAAUGAUGGACGUAUUCAUAAAAUAAUGAUGGAUAUCUACUCUAGUGGGUUAUCUUCUGUAGCUGUAAUUUAUGCUGUGGUACCGCUAGUUCCAAUAUUUCUCGACAUUGUGGUUCCAUUGAAUGAAACAAGACCUAAAAUUUUGCCAUACCCUACUGAGUACUUUGUCGACAUUGAAAAUAAUUUCUACGCACUUUACACACAUGGAUUUAUAGUGACCCCAAUAGCUUUGUUUUAUUUUCUCGCCUUUGAUUCCCUUUACGCAGGCUUAGUUCAGCACGCAUGCAGUAUGUUCACUAUCGUCGGAAGACGCCUAGAAAAAUUAACAGCCGACCAAAAUUUUAUCAAUAUAAAACGAAAUUCAAUAAACGAAGAAAACGGUAUCAAGUCAUUAGUAAUUUGUAUAAAAAUGCACAAAGAGAUUUUGCGGUUUGCGCAACUUUUAGAAGAAAAUUAUAGCAAUUAUUUUUUUUUAUUACUUGGCACUAUUGUACUUGGCUUAACUGUUACCGGUUUUCAAUUUGUAGUUUUGGCGACAGAAGUUGGUGAAAAAAUACGUUGCAUUUGGUAUGGAACCGGUCAAAUUAUUCAUUUAUUCUUUUUAAGUUACCUCGGACAAAAAUUAAUAAACCACAGCGAAUAUAUCAACGAAUCAAUAUGUGCCGCGAAGUGGUACAACUACCCCCGAAAAAUGAAACUGUUGAUUAUUUUAAUGCUGAUGAGAGGAAAAAUAGUGUCGACAAUAACCGCCGGUAAAAUUUAUAUCAUGUCAGUUGAAAACUUUAGCUCCGUAAUGAAGACUUCAAUGUCAUAUUUCACUGUUCUUACAUCUACAAUGGAUCUGUUUGAUGAUUUAAACUGGAGACAUACGAAGCUACUGAUGUCUAGCUUCGGUGCUUGGCCCUUUCAGUCACGCGCUAAACGACUAAUACUCGCAACUACAGGUCACUUUAUGCUAGAAAGUAUGCUGAUACCCGAGAUAAUUAAAUUAGUAACCAUCCGCAAUAAUUUAAAAAUGGUAGCCGACUGUAUUCCAUUACUAAUCUUACACAUAAUGGUACUAAUUAAAAUACUAAGUUGUCAUCAAAAUACACAACGACUAAAAAAUUUAUUAAUCCGCGUCCAACGCGACUGGCAACUAAAUUUGGAUGAAUCAGAAAUAAAAAUCCUGCGCAAUGAUGGACACAACCAUAAAAUAUUCAUGGACUUUUACUACAUUAGCAUGUAUUCGGCAGCGGUAAUUUACAUGCUGGUGCCAAUAAUACCAAAAAUAUUAGACUACAUCGUACCGUUAAAUGAAUCAAGACCAUCGUUACCUUUUUAUCAGGCUGAAUAUUUCGUCGACCCAAACAAAUACUCGACAAUUAUUUACGUUUGUUCAUGUCUGGUAACUCCAAUCACUCCGACAGUUUUUGUAGCAUUCGAUUCUAUUUACUCCUGUCUCAUCCAACAUUCCUGCAGCAUGUUCACUAUUAUUGGGCGUCGCUUGCAAAAUUUGACAAAUGAUUUGAAUAUUUCCCGCAAUGAAAAAAAAAAUGAUGAUGAUAAAUUUAAGUUGCUGGUAAAUUGUAUACGAAUUCAUAAAGACGUUUUAGAAUUUGUGGCACUCGUUGAAGUGAAUUUUACAAAUUAUUUGUUUGUAUUAUUGGGUAUUAUUGUUAUUGGAAUAAGUUUCACUGGAUUUCAAACAGUAAUAAUGGCCAAUAAAUUGGUAGAUAAAAUAAGAAUUGGUUGGUUUGGAAUGUGUCAAGUUGUCCACUUAUAUGUACUCAGUUAUUUCGGACAGAAAUUAAUUGAUCACAGUGAAUAUAUACACAAAUCUGCAUGUUUAACUCAAUGGUACAGUUUUCCUCAUAAAACGAAACCACUGAUUGUUUUAAUAAUGCUGAGAUGUAAAAUACUGUCGAAAAUAACGGCGGGAAAACUUUACGUUAUGUCCGUAGAAAAUUUUACGUCUGUAAUGAAAAAAUCAAUUUCUUAUUUUACAGUACUGACGUCAGUACAGUAAUAAAUAUAUAUGAAUAUUCAUAAAUAUCAGCAAUAAAUCUGUGAGAUUUAAAAUUAGUAUGACUG